GUAAAAAAAAAAAAAAAAAAAAAAAAAAUAGCUUCAUCAUUCCUUUCUCCUCGCCUGCAGAGCUCCGUGCGCUGGGCCUGGCCUACGAGGAGCUGCCGCCCAUGUCCACGGUGGGGGCGAAGGGCAAGGACAUAAUGAUCCCGUGCAAGCCGAUCAGGACGGAGCAGGGCGCUGCCAACGUCACGUGGAUCAGGAACGCGAUGGUCAUGAACGACGAUCGUCGCUACGUGCUACCCAACGGAACGCUGCUCAUCAAAACGGUGAAUUUUUCCGACCAAGGAAUGUACAGCUGCGUCCUCACCGUCGGCAACUACAGCGUCACCUCGCCAUUCGUGUACCUGGUGUUAGCAUUUGUGUCGGCGUGGCAGCUUCAGCCUGAGAACAAGACGGUGGAGGAGGAUCGCGCCGUCCGUCUAACCUGUCACAUCGCCUCCCUGCCCGAGCCUACCUACAUGUGGUUGAAGGACAAUGAGACCCUGCCGGAGAAUGAAACCAGGUACUACAGACCUACAAGGAACGUCCUACAGAUCACCAAUGUCAAGCCCCAGGAUAAAGGAAUGUACAGCUGUCGGGCGGUGAACCAGUUGCUCAGCAAGGAGAAUCAUAGUCAUGGUGGAUACCUCUCCGUCGUCGCUCGUGAAGAUCCUAACUAUCAGCACGCCCUUCUAGCUGUCCCAUCCAAGGUGUCGGCCAAAGUAGGAGAGAGGGCUGUGCUGGAGUGCAUUAGUGAUGAUGAACACCCCUUUUUCCAGUGGUCCAGGCUAGAUGGCAUGCCCAUUCCGGAGAACAGAACAAAAAGAAUAGGGCAAGGGUCUCUUGAGUUCUCCAGCAUCAUGGAAUAUGACCGAGGUGUUUACAACUGUACUGCUCUAGACUUUAACAGAGAACAUAGCAAGACCAUGAUGAUCCAGCUGGAUGUGUUGAUACCACCCCGGAUAGAGUUCUCCAUGACGAUCAGUUCCCGUCACGUAUCUAUGGCCAGCAAGAUCAAUAACGGCCAGUCUAUACGGAUCACUUGUGCUACAUGGGGUAAUCCCCGCCCAUCCAUUUCUUGGUUCAAGAAUGGUGUUCUCCACUUAGAGUCAGGACGCCAUCACUACACCAACAAAAACACAUCCAGGGAGUUUGCUGCCGAGGACCUUUUCAUUCGAAUGAUAAUGUUUAGUGAUAUGGGUUUGUAUCAGUGUGUGACCAGAAAUGAAGCAGGUGUGGCAUCUGAUGGCUUCAUCCUGAAAAUUGACAAGACCAACCUGCCUGCUCCACCCAUUAACAUCAGGGUGGUGGAAGUCCAUCCUCACAACAUCCGCUUGAUAUGGGAAGCUCCUCCCAAGAGCUCUGUCUCUGGCUACAUUGUUCAUUUUCUCCUAGACAAAAAAAACCCGGAGGGUCAGGAUCUCGUCAACAAGACUUCAUUGCAGAAGAAAGAACUGAAAUCCAAUACCAAUUACACUAUCUACAUCAGGUCUUUUCUCAUCAAGAAAAAUUCUGAAACACCUUUCAUUGGUGAACCUUCAGAAUACAUCAGCAUAAAAACUAAAGAUGAAUUUUACCCUCCAGAUCCAACGGAGAUGCCUCUGGUAAGGCUCAUCCCAAAGUCCCCCACUGAACUGUACAUGAACUGGACCCUUGAAGACUACAAUAGCAACAACCCUAUCAUAGAACAAAAACUUCAGUAUAAGGAGAAAAAAAAACACUUCCAUUUACAAAAAUUUUUAUAUGUAAAUGUCACAUCAUAUACUCUUAAAGAUCUUACCCCAAACAAAUUUUACUCUGUGAGAGUCUUGAUAGCCACCAAUGCUGGGUAUCCUGAACACAUAAUUCAGGUGCCCUGGUACCAUAUCAGGAUGCCAAGAGGUGGCUCUAACAUGCAGCUUGACACUACCUUACUUACUGUUCAUCUUUCCACGUACAGUCAAAGACCCACUGAGAUAUUGGUAAAUUGGACGCUUGAUGCUUCUCUGCAAAAAGACGUCAGCCUCUACCGUGUGUUCUGCAACAAUUCUGUUUCUUCCUCGCAGAAUGAGCUGCAGACAACUAACACCUCCCUUAUACUCACUAAUCUUGAUCCAGAAAAAUGCUAUGCUGUCCAAGUUCAAGCAAUCUUCCAAGGUAAUCAAAACAGUACUGAAUCUUUCCUGAAGACUCUCUGUACAUUUCCUCUGUCAUCUUUCCUGGUAUCACAGCAGUCCAACACCAACAAGAUUAAAGUGAAGAAACUGAAGGCCAAGAUCCUUAACUCUACAAGUGUGCUCAUCACAUGGAGACACACAUCCAGGAGGCUGCUGGUUAACUUCUACACCAUCAGAAUAGAGAAUAUCAAGUCUGACUGGGCUGACAUAGCUGCUGAAGAUGAGCUUGGCUGGAAGAGUGGAGUGAACUUUGAGCCAGGAGAGAAAGGUGUUCACAGCCCCAAGCCCACACAACAUGAAGAAGAGGCCUCUGCCAUGGACAGUCAAGACAAUCAGUCUGAGGUGCCAGUGAGGAAAGAUGUGAGGUUCCAUCGAGUCACCAGCAAAAGGCUUAUUGUCACCAAUUUGAAACCUCUUCACAACUACAGCAUCACUGUCACUGCAUCCACCACCACAUUCACUGGCCCUCCAUCUGUCACCUUUGUUACUCCAGAUGAAGGAGUUCCCACACCACCACUCAAUGUGACAUGGGUGCCUGCAAGCCCUAAGGAUGCCAUUCUCACCUGGAAUCCGCCACGUCUUGUCAAUGGCCAUCUGCUUAAGUACCUUGUAGCGUUCUCCCACGAUGAACAGGAAUGGCGCAAUCAAACCAUAGACCCCUAUCUCACAACUACUCAGAUACAAGACCUGGUCUCCAACACCAAUUACACCCUACGCAUUGCAGGGGUGACAAGGAAGGGUGUUGGAGCAUCCACCACAGUCUUCAUAUACAUCCGGGCAACACUGGAGGGUGAGCCGCAGAUAACCACUGAGUCAGUGGUGGUGAUCAGCGUGGUGUCUCUACUGGCAGUAGUGACCUGCGUUGUAGCAGUGUUGCUCUGCUUCAAAAUCCUGCGUCUAAGAAACAACUCACCGUCAGUGUUCCAGGGCAAUGGACAAUGCCGCAUGGUGUACGCCAAUGGGGUAAAGUCCUCAGGCAGGGAUCAUGGCACAGAACCUGAUGAUUACAAGCCCAUGCUAGCCUCUCUACCCCCUGCCACACAAAAUCAUCACUUAGACACAAAGGGAGGCCCUGGUUCGCAUGACGAUGGCAUUGUGGCUAACAGCUUAUUCGACUCCAGUGCAAUUCAAAUGAACCAGGCCGACGGGACCAGUGAGUGCAUGGAGCCUUUGCGGGACGGUCUCAGCCAGCACAGGAUGUUGGACACCUUGGAUGACAUUGCUGAUGCUAAUGAUGCCUCAAGGAGACUGCUGCAGAGCAUGUCCACAGCACAGCCAGUAUAUUCCAAGAAUAUGAAAGAAUUUGACCACCCAAGACCUAUGUAUAACUCCACUCAGGUUGAUCACCACUCCUCAACUGAAGAUGCUGGGAUGGACCCAGCAGUUUCCUCCUAGAACAUGCAUUAGCCUUGAUUCACGGGUGAAGGCACGGGUUUAGUGAGUACUUUUGAUAGUAGGAGUCCCUUCUAAGUAUGGAUUACAUUUUAGGGGUGAUUUGUGGCAUAAUAUUGGUCAGAAUUCACUGAUUAUUGAAGUGGGGGAGGCAAUGGAUCUGUCCAGCUUGAUACUACACCAAGCACUGUCCCUCAUCCAAAUGUGUUCCCACUUGGCGUGACAGAUGGCUGUUAAAAUAUUAUCUUGUGCUCCAAGGUUAUGUGGGAGUGACAGGGAUCACUAGUUUUUUAUAAGGUAUGAUGAUUGCUUGAUAAAUUAUAUAAUUUAUGCAUGUGACCUAUAUAGAUUACUGAAGGCAUUUUAUUUUCUUCCUCUCAUGCCUCAUAUAUUAAAUACCCAUUAUCAGUCCCAUCAAGUCUUGCAGGAAAACAAAGAUGCCUUCUGAAACUGGUAACCAAGUAUUACAUUUUGCAUGGCUGUUUUUUUCCAUCACUGAAGGGCAUGCUGCUUUUCCACCAUAAGUGUUACGUUACGAGUAAAUCUCAAUAUAUUGGUUACUCCAAGAGAACAUAUGAGUACACCAAGGAUUACUAACUGAAACUCGGUUUUCAGUCAGUUCUUAAGCAACUUUUUAAUUUAAACAUAUAAAUCGGAGGCUCAUAUAGGGUGACCUGAAUAAAUAAAGUAACAUGGGAGACUAUUUUUGUUAUUGGGUACAUUGUAACAUGGACUAGUCUGAACUCCUUUGUUACUGUUUUCUUUUUCUGAAUGCUAUGAAGAUGGGGAAUAGUUUUCAGCACAGUGGUUGGGUUAACCAUACGCUUCAAUCAUUUGGAUAGAUAAGCUGAGCUAUCACAUUUAUUAAUAGAGAUGCUGUAAGGAUCAGUGCUGAAAGAUGCAGAAGGGUCAAUGCUGGACAUGGACUGUUUCCUGAAAGCACCAUGUUCAUCCGUUUUAACUUCCCUCCCCUCAAAACUGUUCUUGUAAUGAAGUGAAUAGUGGGUGUGUGAUAUGGGGAUGUGAUUAUUUCACCCUCCUUUGCAUAUUUGCUUAGAUUCUUUUAUCUAAUUUUAUAGAAUAUUGCUAUUUUUAUACAUUAUAGAGAAAAACAAAAAAUAUCUCACAAAACAUAAAUCUUGUGCGGUCAUUUUUCUGUGGUAGUCUGCAGUUACUCCCUCAUCAGUAAUAAGACCCUGAAGCACAGUACCUUGUACCAUAUUGUUUCCAUACCAUACAGUACUUUUUUUUUUUUUAGGAUUAGGGUCAGUUUCAUGUAAUUCACCAUAGAUCAGAUCAACUUGUUGCUACAUAGGUGUUGAGUCAGAUGUCUUUGUGCAUUGUCCACAGUGAGCUUGGUCUUGUGGUGGUCAGGCCCCAAGCACUUGGUGGGAGGAAACAGUAAUGACCUGGAUGAGUUCAAGGAUGUUUUCAGGGUGACUGAGAAGAUGAUCCAUGCUUCAAAUCUCACAGAAAUGCCUCAUACCGUAGUUAGAGUUUGUUGACAUGUAGCCUCUUAGUAUAAAUAUAGAUUAUAUAAUUCUGAAAUGUCUCAGGAAAGCCAUGUCAAGAAAGAGACUCGCCUAACAUUUUGGGUGACUCGUGCAUCUGCAUUUCAUAUUAUAUCCCGGCAUAAAUAAUUGUUACUAUUUAAUUAAAGAAGAAAGUAUGUUCCAAGGAUGCACAUUCCAACAGUAACCUCUCGCAAGAUUCUGCCAAGCACCUAUCUUACAGCAGGUCGUAACCAAUUGAAAUGCAUUUCUCUUCCCUUCUUGAGGAAACAGAUAUACAACUUGCUUCUAAUCAUCUUCCACAGUGUAUGAAUACCUUCCUAAUUUCACAGCUGACCUUACAUUUUAUGAGGUUAUGUGCUAUGUGUGGGGUUUGUCUUGACAAGUCUAGAAAUACCCAAAUAUAUAAGAGAUGGUUCCUAUGUGGCAACCAAUUAACCACUGAGUGAAUAGGUACCAUAUUCAUCAAAUAUGUAAUAGUUUCGAAAAUAUGACCACCACACACCUCAAGUUCAAAUAAUGCCAUUUUAAAAUACAGGCUCAACUUAUGCCUCUAGGCACGUACAAGUUCACACUACUUUUUAUGACAUUUAAGAGUUCCAUCCUGAUGUAUGGCUUUAUGCACCAUCAAAUACUUUAGAUAUAUAUAUUUUUUUUAUAUAUGCUACAUAGAUUUCUAAAUGAUUACAAUUUCUUCAGACGUAUACUCAAGGUAUAUUUUGUUUGUUUUAUUCCCAUUAGAGAAAAUCAUUGUGUAUAACAUUGUCUGGAAGAAAGAGAUGAAACCCAUACCCAAAAUUAAUUUAUUAUUCUAAUGUAAGGUUCAGGGAGUGCUGGAUAAGUCUGGGAUUUGAUAGGCUCAGAUCAAAAUUCAUGUGAUGUCAAUUAACUGUUUUUGAGUUUUGAAAAACACUGGUAAAAGAGAGGUUGAACUUGUGAAAGUUUGACUAAGGUUAAAACUGUGAUUAUUUAGCCUUUGUAUAAUAGGUGCGAAAAAGAAACUCCUCUAUCUUUGUAUCUAAAAAGCUGCCAAUUAUGUCAUUUGCUUCUAUGUUUGAAAAGCUGCCAAUUAUAUGAGACUUUGUAAGGGAAACAUUCUGAAUCCUAUAGUAUAACUGUCAUUGUUAGUGACAGUGUUGCAUACAGGGAUUCCUUGCUUGAUACUCCCUGAGCAUGAUGGCUCCAUAGCGAGUCAUCGGAGUUGGAAAGUGAGUGUUAUGACCAUGGCUUUUUUGUCAGAGCCAUCAGGUGUUCUAGGUGUUUCUUAAUGUUGUGAUCCAUUUGUAUCCUUUAUAUUUAAAGUCUUUGAUAACAUCUCAAAGGCAGGAGUGGCUAGGUGGGUACUGCAUGAAAGCAGGGCAUGGCUGACAAACCCUAUUAUUACUGUUAACUACUAGGGCAUUAAGUGGCAGUGUGUAGGGAGACCCAUGGAUCAACCUCAGAAUGGGCCAACUGCUGGCUGUUUGGCUCCUCAGCACUGAGAUGAGGCCCCAAAGCACAUUUGUCAUGGUCUCCCUAAUCUCCUCCCUCCAGGUGACAGUUAUGUACCUUAAAAAGCCCAACCAGCAAGCUUCUCCUGCCUUCAGCGUCCAGUGAGGCUCCACAACGCAUCAGUCCAUCAGAGUAGCUCAACAUAGUGAUCUGCCUGUGCCUUAAACCGGUCAAACGUCAAUGUAAGGAACACUGCUGGUCACAUAGGUCAGUCUCUUAGGAAAAGAGUGCUUUAAGAAACAGACUGAUCCAGUAGCAAUUAUUUGUCAGCAGGUCAUAGGACUGUGGUCACUGUAGACAGUGAAUGAAGACAUCAGUGAACCCCUGUCCAUGGAAGGCAAAUAAUUUGUUCACUAUCACACAUGUCAAAAGUUGCCUGCUAAAUGGUGCACAUUAUCUUGAAAUCAUGGAAACAGUAAUUCUACCCACCAAGAAAUCAUUAACCAAUAUAUAAACUGGUAUGUGAGGAAACUGAUAUAAGUAAGGCUUUGUUUACUUAAGUUGUUGAGGUGAACAAAAAAUGUUGCACUUUUUUUCCUCUUGUACAGCUAGAGAAAAGGCCUCUAAAAAAAUUCACAGAAAAAGAAUUAUCAAUUCAACAAAAGGUCAAGGUCAUUUUCCAGUUCCAUGUAACCAUGUAAGUGUCUUGAAAGGCGUGCAAGGAGGAUAGUGCCCUGCCCUCCCUCACCUCCCCCUGGCAGCCCUGCCCUUGCAUUAGUCACUCAGUACCUGGGAGGCUGUGGCCCCUCACUCACUCCUUGCCCCCUUGAAAUGUCUUGUGUAUCUAAGAAUUUUUGGCAUUAAUGUGACACUCUAUUUUCUUUCACAGAACUUAUUCCUCUUCACAGUGUAACCCCUGGACCCAGUUUAUAUUGUAUAAAUUAUCUUGUAAUUUUUUUAUUAACUAUUUUCCAUUUGUUUGUAUAAUAUACAUUGGUGUAGCUCAAUAAAGUGUGAGUCAUGUGUUUCAAUCAGGCAAAAUGAAGGCCAGGCUAUGGUCCUGGGCAGGAGUUACAAUUCAUCAUUCUCUUGUUUUAACUGUUUUCAUACCUCACAGUAUAGCCGUAAGCCAAUUUGUACAGUUAACAUCAAGUAUUAACAGAUUUCUUCCCAGACAUUCCAUGGGAGUAGUGGUACUGGUGGGUGAGGCAAGCCAGGGGAGUGAUCUGCCCUGCCCCACCCUGCCCCACCCCCGGAAGCCAUGGAUAAAAUACAUACAAGAUAAAGCUGUGAA